GUCUCUCCAGAACUCUCUUCAGCAUUCAUCCCUGCAGAUAAACUCUGAAACCUCUCAGAAUCAAAACCAUCAGACUCCAAGAUGAUAUUGCUGUUCUUCUUGUUUGGUCUCUCUCUGGCUGCUGUGGUUCCGUCAGACAGACAGGAGAUGAAGCUCCAGCGGGGCGGCUGUCCCCCGUUCUGGUACAGCUUCAAUGAGCGCUGCUACAAGUACGUCGCCACCUUGAUGACCUGGGGUGAUGCAGAGCAGCACUGCGUGGACCAAGGAGCCAACCUGGUGUCCAUCCACAGCCUGGAAGAAGAGAACUUUGUCAAAAUGCUGAUCAGAAACUUUGAUCACGCCGAGGGAGUCAACUGGAUCGGACUGUCUGAUGCUGAGAAGGAUGGAACAUAUUUCUGGUCUGACGGGUCCAGACUGAACUUCAAACUGUGGAAUGCAGGAGAACCAAACAACUCCGGAGGAUCUGAACCAUGUGUGCACACCAACUAUGGCCCAUCCAAGGGAUGGAACGAUAAAGUGUGCAGAGAUCAAUACUCCUCUGUUUGUAAAGCUCGCUAGAUUGGUAAUAGCUAACAAUAUGCUUUUAAGAUUAUAAAACCUGGUUGCCUGGAACAUGUCUUUAUAUCCUCUGAUUUUGUAAGAUAUUUUAUGAAAGUCUUGAUUUUCGAAACAAAAGUUGAUAAGUUGGGCUAAAAAAGAUUGUUCUCUUUAUCUGGAAGAAAAGAUUUUAAUUUGUAAAACCUAUUGUAAAAUAAAAAAAUGUUCAAUGUGUUAUUUCAA